UAAUUAUAGCAAACCAAUGAAACAAACACAAACCAAAGAUAGAAACAUGGGAGGAGGAUUAGUUGGAGACAACAUAGGAUUAAACGAAGAGGUUAUAAAAAAAACAUGUAGUUUGUCUUUCAAAGCUCACAACUCAGAAAAUGAACCUUAUAUUUCCGAACUGUUUAGGAUAUCCUCGGACUUAACAGAAUAUCUUGUUCUAAGCUUUCCAGGAUCAUGGGUUGAAACUGAUUGGUUUGUAAGAAAAUCGUUUGGUGAAACUAAGAUUGAUCUUGCUAAGUUUCCUUUGCUUAAAAGUGUUGGUAAUGAUGAAACUGCUUUGGUCAACCAAGCCUUCUUCAACAGAUUCGAACGUUUGUUGAAACUUUCCUCAUUUGUAGCUGAGGUGAAGAAAGCUAUAGCAGAAGGGAAGCAAGUAGUGUUUACAGGGCACUCUUCAGGGGCUGUUUUGGCCAUUCUAGCAACAUUUUGGGCAUUGGAAGAGUAUCUUUACCCAACCAAAAUCCAAAUUCAGCACAAGUCACCUAUGUGUGUCACUUUUGGUUCUCCCUUGGUUGGUAAUCAUAUAUUCUCUCAUGCUUCAAACAGAGAAAAAUGGUCUCAUCAUUUCAUACACUUUGUCAUGCAAUAUGACAUUGUGCCAAGGAUUUUCCUUGCUCCUUUCUCUUCCAUUGAAAAACUUAUUAGUCCUGUUCUUCAGCUUUUGACUCCUAACAACAACUCCUUAACUCAAGAUCCAAUAAGAGACAGUGUGACUUGUGAAUUUUACUCUACUGUGAUGAGGAAUGCAGCAACUGUUACAAGUCAUGUUGCUUGUAAUCUAAUGGGAAGCACGAAUUUGUUGUUGGAGACUAUGACAAAUUUCGUCGAGUUAAGUCCGUAUAGACCCUUUGGAACGUACAUCUUUUGCAAUGGUAAUGGUCAAAUGAUUGUGGUAAAAAACUCAGACGCUGUUUUACAACUUAUGUUUCAUAUUGCUCAGCUAAGAGAUUUGGCACAACUUUCUGAAGUUGCCAACAAAAGCAUACUGCAACAUCUAGCCUAUGAAGCUGAAUUAGAAGAGAGCUUGGGAAUGCAAAAUGUGGUGUAUUUAAACAAACUUGACGAUCUUCCUUUGUCUUCUGGUGAGGGUCAUGAUACUGACAUUGCAGCUGCCUUGGAUAGCCUUGGACUGAGCGCAAGAGCACGACUAUGCCUUCGAGCAGCUGGCGAGUUAGAAAAGCAAAAGGAAAGAAAUGAAGAGAAAAUAAAAAAGGAAUUUCAGGAUAAGGCUGUGCCAAGCAUGAGGGAUUUGGAAGAGUACAAAUCAACAUGUGAGAUAAACAACGGAAAAGGUUAUUAUGAUGCCUUCAAGGUGCAAAAGGAGCCAAAGGAUUUCCAAGCAAACGUGAAGAGACUUGUGCUUGCAGGAGUAUGGGAUGAGAUCAUUGAAAUGCUGAAGAGGUAUGAACUGCCAGAUGAGUUUGAAGGGAAAAAAGAAUGGAUUGAACACGGAACGAGAUUCCGUCGUCUUGUUGAGCCUCUUGAUAUUGCCAAUUAUCAUCGUCAUUUGAAGAAUGAGGACACAGGACCUUACAUGAACAAGGCUAGACCAAAGAGGUAUAGGUACACUCAGAGAUGGUUGGAGCAUGCAAACAGGUCACCAAAAGCAGAAAUCACAGAAUCUACCUUUUGGGCUGAGGUGGAAGAACUUUGCAGCUGGACUAGUAAUAAUAAACCUUUUGAAGAUAUCAAGGAAAGGGUUCUCAAACUUGAGCAAGAUAUUAAAAUGUGGACUGAUAAAGAGGUACUAACCAAGGAUGUGUUGUCAAAGGAUCCUACCUUCAUAAAGUUAUGGGAAACUCUACCUCAGGAACAUAAAGCAACAUCCUGCAUCUCCACUCUCUUUACUGUUAAAGAAUAAAUAUUGGCUAUCUUUAAACCCUCACGAGUUGGCUUUGUGGUGUUGGCUUGGGACUUUGAAGUGUUCUCUCAAGAUCUCAUGUUCAAAUCCACCUAAUGUCAUUUUUUGUGGGCUAGUCCAUACAGGGAUUUAUUCUGGCUUUAAAUGGCCUCCCACGAGUGGGGACCCUUCUCGUAAGUAUAAGGCAAUCUUCAUACAUGACUACUUCAGCACUCAUUGGAAAAUAAAAUAUUUUAUACCUGCAAUUGUACUACUACUUUGGCUUCCACUUAUUCAAGCCACGUGUUCUGUCAUCUCAUUGUUUUAGGUUGUAUUCUUCAUUCUUCAACAACGAUGUUGUCAUUUUCAGCUUUUGAUAUAAUGUUCCACAUGUGUUACAUUCAAGAAUCAUUGUAUUUGUACUCUUAGAUGCUUAGGGGCAAUAAGACACUUGAUCAUUAGCCCUUUUCUUUUAGAUUUUGAGAUGUCUCUAACUAUAUUAGAAUAUAGUUGGUGUAGUUAUUGAAUCUAUUAUUCUAAUGUCUUUGUUGUUGUUGUUAAAUGAAUAAAUUCAAUUCGGCUCUUGCCACAAUA